AUGAGGGCCAUACGCUUGGAAGUAGCAUCAAAUCUCACAUCAGGCUCAUUCAUUAGUGCCUUCAGAAGGUUUUUUACUCGUCGUGGACAGCUUGGAUCGAUUAGAUGCGACAGUGGCAUUAAAUUUGUGGGAUCACAGAAGGUUCUCGAAUCCAGUUAUGAGCUCUUGGGAGAAAACAAGGUGGAAGCAACAGUUAAUAGUAGGCCCCUUACCAUUUUCACCUCAGACAGUAGAGACCCAGCUCCACUUACACCAAACAAGCUUUUAAACAUGGGAGAUUUGCCCGCAGGGUGCGACAUUGCAAUAGGUGGCUACUCUAAGCAGAGAUGGAAGAAAGUGCAGCAUAUUGCCGAGCAGUUCUGGGCACGUUGGAAACGCGAAUACAAGUCGGGGUUACAACAGCGACAGAAGUGGUUCAAGGAACGACGCAACGUCAGGCUGGGAGACAUAGUCCUUAUGAUCAAUGAAUGUGUAGCACGCUGCCAAUGGCCAUUGGCUCAGGUAGUGCAGAUUAAAGCAGGGAAAGAUGGACUGGGACUCAGGGACUCAGAGACUCGUGCCUCGUGCCUAGGAUCUCGAUUUCGUGAAAAUCAAGCAAAUAAAGUUAUAAGAUCAUCUGCCUCCUCCUCCUCCUCCCUUCUCCCUCCUACUCCCCCUCCUACUCCGCCUCCUCCUCCUCCCUCCCCCCUCCCUCACUCCUCUCCUCUCCUCCUCGCCUUCCCCCCCUCCCUCCCUCCUUUCUCCCUCCCUUCCCCCCCUUUUUCCCAGCCUUAA